GCCUCUCGUGCUACAGUGUUAGUGUUGAACGGUUCGCCCGUCUGAGAAAGGAUGUGAGAAGAGGAGGAGGCUUGCGGUUUCUGUAGCAAGCAUGCGGCUUUGUUAGAUUCUGUGGAUUUUGGACACCGGCUUUACAUGCAAUGUAUUUGUGCUAAAUAGAAUUCGUUUUUCCCUUUUGUGUUUUACCGGAUACAUUCUUAUAGCUUGGAAUCGAGUGUUUUCCUGUGCGGCUCCGUUCAUUGGUAAACUAGAGGUUGCAUCAGUCGACUGUCAAUCAAGUCGAGGCUCUCUGCACCUGGUAUUAAUUUAAAUUUGCCGGUGAAUUUUCGUGAACAUUGAGUUUUGGAGCAAUCCUUUUCUUUUAGCCUUUGGUAUUUCAAUAACCGAGAGUUUAUUGUGCAGCCUAUUGACAAGGUAAGAUUGUAACCGUAACUCAGGCUACUGUACCCCUAGUUAUAUUAACAGCGGACUGUAAUCCCCGGAAAAUUUCAACAUUGUAUCUUGACGGCGCAAGGAGGAACUAGCCUACAAGUACACGGUCCUCUCGAUUACUGUAUCAGUGAUUGCCAAAGCGUUGUUUGACAGCUGUCUUUGGGAACGCGUUGGCUCCUCCAAGCAAGCCCUAUUUCCAUCUGCUAUUGUUUUCUACUGCGGAUAGAUCAAAACAUUAACAGAUCGAACAUGUCGCUCAGCAGAAGUAUUGAAUGGGAACACUUUGAGGAACGGGACAAAACGCACCGUUCGUCAAGGGCUAACGGCUCGGGAUCCCAGUCCGGCUCCAGAGGCAACGGUCUCGUGCCCAGCCCGGCGCACAGCGCGCACUGUAGCUUUUACCGAACGCGCACGCUCCAGUCGCUCACCUCCGAGAAGAAAGCCAAAAAAGUGCGGUUCUACCGAAAUGGGGACAAAUACUUCAAGGGUUUGGUGUAUGCCGUGUCCAACGACCGUUUUAGGUCCUUGGACGCCCUGCUUAUGGAGCUUACCCGGUCUCUCUCGGACAACGUCAACCUGCCUCAAGGUGUCCGGAGCAUCUACACCGUGGAUGGCAGCAAGAAGAUUAGCAGCCUGGACGAGUUAGUGGAGGGUGAGAGCUACGUGUGUGCCUCCAACGAGCCCUACCGCCGAGUGGACUAUACCAAGAACGUUAACCCUAACUGGUCAGUGGGCAUCAAGGCCGGCCAGUCCCGCUCCCUGUCCUCCCUCAGCACCCUGGUAAAGGGCGAGCUGCAGCGUAGUGAGGCCAGCCUGGGCACCAGAGACUUCAUCAAGCCCAAGCUGGUGACUGUCAUUCGCAGCGGGGUCAAGCCCAGGAAGGCUGUGAGGAUCCUGCUGAAUAAGAAGACGGCCCACUCCUUCGAACAGGUGCUGACUGACAUCACGGACGCCAUCAAGCUAGACUCCGGGGCGGUCAAACGGCUCUACACACUGGAGGGAAAACAAAUUACCUGUCUCCAGGACUUCUUCGGCGAGGACGACGUGUUCAUCGCGUGCGGCCCAGAGAAGUACCGCUACGCCCAGGAUGACUUCCUGUUGGAUCACAGUGGUAAGGCUUCUGGGUGCGUGGGACAUGCCAGGACUCUCUCGGCAAAGAGAUCUUCUGACCUCAAUGGGACUUCCUGGUUAAAUAAAGAAUGCCGGGUGCUCAAGUCCUCAUACUCUGCUCGCUCGCCCACUCCAACAAGGGCUGCUGGGAGCAAGAGCCCUGGACUCUCACGCCGUAUCAAGUCCCCGGGCAUAGUAAGAAGACCAAUCCAUUACUCCACCAGUAGCCAGUCUCCUGUUAAAUCCCCAGUCAAUGGUGUCCCUAGCAGUACGAUCUCCACCCCCAAGUCCACCAAAUCCAAUAGCUCCUCCCCCACCAGCCCCCGCAGUAUACACAGCUUCAAGAUUCCGCCACAUCACACGUCUGCCACCAAUGUGAACGGGUCUUCACACAGUCUGGAGCUGGCCUAUAACAUGAGUCCUGAGGUUAACGGCAACAGCUGUAGCUCGAUCACAACCGUCCUGGAUAAGUACAAGGUCGGCAAGGUCAUAGGAGACGGAAACUUUGCCGUGGUGAAAGACUGUGUAGAACGGUCCACUGGGAAGGAGUAUGCACUGAAGAUCAUUGACAAGGCCAAGUGCAGUGGAAAGGAGCACCUGAUAGAGAAUGAGGUGGCAGUGCUGAGGAGAGUCAAACACCCCAACAUUAUUCAGCUGAUAGACGAGGUGGACACACCCACUGAACUCUACCUGGUCAUGGAGCUGGUCAAGGGUGGCGACCUGUUUGAUGCCAUCACGUCCUCCACUAAGUACACAGAGAGAGAUGCCAGUGUCAUGGUGUUUAACCUGGCUGGAGCCCUGAAGUACCUCCACAGCAUGAACAUAGUACACAGAGACAUCAAGCCUGAGAACCUGCUGGUGUGUGAGUACCUUGACGGCACUAAGUCUCUGAAGCUGGGAGACUUUGGUCUGGCCACUGUGGUUGAGGGGCCCCUGCACACCGUGUGUGGAACCCCCACCUACGUGGCCCCUGAGAUCAUCGCUGAGGCUGGUUAUGGUCUGAAGGUGGAUAUCUGGGCAACUGGGGUCAUCACUUACAUCCUGCUAUGUGGCUUUCCUCCCUUCCGCAGUGAGGACAACCUUCAAGAGGACCUGUUUGACCAGAUUCUGGUGGGACGACUGGACUUCCCUGCUCCCUACUGGGACAACGUCACGGACUCAGCCAAGGAGCUGAUUGGGCGGAUGCUGCAGGUGAACGUGGAGGCUCGCUACACAGCACAGGACAUCCUCUCUCAUCCCUGGGUCACGGAUGACAGCAUGGAGAACAACAUGAAGAUGGAGGUGUCAGGUAAACUGAGGACACACUUCAACACAGCACCAAAGCCCAGCACAACCACAGCAGGAGUGUCAGUCAUCAUGCUACCAGGGACAGAGGAAAACCAGCAGUGCUGCGGUACACCAGAGCAGGAAUCAAACAGGCCUGCUUUCUGUGUCUCCUCUAAUGUUGUUGAGCUAACACAGCUCUAGAUAAGAAGAGGAUCCAGCUGACUCGUCGCAGCCAGAGGCCCACAGCACCACCUCCGCCCCCACCACUGCCUGGGAAGAAAGUAGUCCCUCCUGCAGCCAUGCCAGUCAAGCAAGCCUCACCAGUCUCACCCAAC